AUGCAGCUGAAGUUUAUUGUUAUUGUUCCAGUUUUUUUAAUUUUGCAACAAGCAGAGGCUGUUAUUCCAAAUUGCAACUAUUAUGAUACUGUUGACAUAUCCCACAUUCAAAUUCAAAAUGGUUCCUAUCCGUACAAUGAUGAAUUUAUUCCCGCUAGCCUAACUGGAGAAUAUGACUUCAAGGAGCUGUCUGACGGAUCCACAAAACCGGUAAAGAAACAUCUUAGAGGUUGUGCUUGCAAGGUGAUGUACUGCCUCAGGUUUUGCUGUUCCCGGAAGAAUAUUUUACCCAACGGCAACUGCGGCGAUGGCUUGAAGGAAGAUCUCUCGCGAUUAACUCCAUAUCUCAAUAUGACCGUCGAGGACGGAUCGACUGAGCCAAUGAACCUGGCCAUCGACCUGGUCAUUCAAAGGGAUCAGUUUGAGAUUUGCGACGUGGUAGACAAACUCAGUGAAAAUGAGUACACAUUCUACGAGGACGGUAGCUUGCAUUUCCGCAACUCAUAUAACAAACGCUUAAAUAAACGCUAUUACUGCAUCUAUCCAAAGUUUUCCUCAGACUUUCCCAAGUCCAUUUGGGUCGUACGACAUAAAUGCGUUCCAAAAACGACACCCGUGUUUAAAGAAGGCUACAGUGGUUACUUCUUCAAGAUAUCAUUUCACAUUUGGCUAUGUGUCAUUAGUUUUCAUAUGUGGAAGGGCUUGCGAUCGGUGAAUAAGAUCAAAACUAAAAGCCGACAUCGAUUUUUGGUGUAUUGCUCCUUUUCGUGGGGAAUGGCUGCAAUUAUGACCGCAAUCAUCAUUAUUAUAGAUACUAUUUGGGAGGACGAUCCUGACAAACUAAUGUGGAGACCCGGGGUUGGCAUGUUUGAGUGCUGGCUGUCGGCUGGUCUGGAAUAA